GAGAACAUUAAGUUUGUGUGAAGUUGUGAAAAGUUGUCAAGCCGAAAAAAGACAAGAGAAACUCCUCCCGUCUUCAAAUUAUGAGCAAUCAGCAGCAGGGUGAAAUGGCCGCUGCGGAGAGCGGCGGAGGAUUCAGUCAAAAGCGAAACACAAAUUCACAAGACUCACAGCAGCCGUCUCCUCUUGCCUUGUUGGCAGCCACUUGCAGUCGAAUUGACACCCCUGAAGAGAACGAUUCCCCUGCAGACCAGAAUCAGCAGCAACAGCUGGAAAUGAACCAGGGUGUUUUCACCUCCAGUGCCAACAGCUGGCAGGUUGUCCCUUCCGGUGUUCAGGUAUCCUCAGGCUCUAACACUGGCACCAAUGACCUCCCGUUGGUGUUGUCAGGAGGAGACAGCAGUAAGAGUAGACAGGUGCUGUCAACAUCAGCAGCUGUUGUGAGCUCUCAGAGUCAGCAACCGCAGCAAUAUGUUGUAGCUCAAGCUCCAUCUGUGCCAGGUCAGCAGGUUCUUACCACCAUAUCAGGUGUGGUGCCCAACAUACAGUACCAAGUCAUACCCCAGUUUCAGACAGUAGAUGGUCAGCAGCUGCACUUUGCUCAGCAGGACUCUGCUGCAGCAGGACAAGGACAGCAGUUUCAGAUAUUAUCCUCUACUAACGGGCAGCAAAUUAUAGCUGCAACCAACAGAGCAGGUGCAACUGGCAACAUCAUAACUAUGCCCAGUGUCCUUCAGGGAGCCAUCCCAAUUCAAAAUCUAACCUUAGGCAAUGGUGUAUUACAAAACCAGCCCCAGUUCUUGGCAAAUAUGCCAGUGUCUUUGAAUGGAAACAUCACUUUGCUGCCCGUCAGUACAGGUACUACGGGGGGAGAUGCAAAUGGUGGUGUAGACACGGGGGGUAACCAGCUUACGCAGCAGCAGCCAAAACAGUCGGCAUCUAACAGCGAGGCAGGUUAUAUGACAAGUGCGUCCACUGUCACAACUCAGACAACCUCCUCUUAUGGAAUUACCCAAACCCAGAAAAGUAAUGGAUCAGUGACUGGGACGUUCCAGCAAAGCCCAACAACUUCUCUUGGUGUCCCAAUUCAGCCAGACACCAGAGAUGGGCAGCAGGCUCAGCAAAUUCUUAUUCAGCCUCAGCAGGUUAUCCAAGGUGCCACACCUCUCCAGACCAUUCAAGCCAGUACUGUUGCAUCUGCAGGGGGUCAAGUAUUUGCAGCUCCAACACUCAGUCAGGAAGGGCUUCAAAACCUCCAGAUUAUGCCAAACACGGGGUCCAUCCUUCUGCGCACUGUAAGCCCUAACGGCCAGGUUAGCUGGCAGACCAUUCAGAUCCAGAGUCCAGCAGGUGCGCAGAUAACACUGACCCCAGUCCAGUCUCUUCAACAACUUGGCCAGACUCAGGGAGGUGCUGGAGCUGGAGCCGUCAGCACGGUGCAGAUUCCAAGCCUUCAGACCAUAAAUCUGAACACGCUUGGGAGCACAGGGCUGCAAAUGCAUCAGCUGCAGGGAGUCCCCAUCACCAGCACUGCAGGAGAGCAGUCAUUUCAGACUGGCGGAGAAAGUUUGGAUGACAGUACAGUUAUGGAUGAAGAUGACUUAAAAUCACCACCUCAGGGGCGCCGAAACCGCCGAGAAGCCUGUACCUGCCCCUUCUGCAAAGAUGGAGAGGCACGAGAUCCAAACAAAAAGAAGCAGCACAUUUGUCACAUUAGCGGCUGUGGAAAGAUCUACGGCAAGACGUCACACCUCAGAGCCCAUCUUCGCUGGCACACAGGAGAACGUCCUUUCGUCUGCAGUUGGUCYUUUUGCGGCAAACGAUUCACUCGCUCAGAUGAGCUGCAGCGCCACAAGAGAACACACACAGGAGAAAAAAGGUUUGCUUGUACCGAGUGUCCAAAACGCUUCAUGCGCAGCGACCACCUCUCAAAGCACAUCAAGACCCAUUCAAACAAGAAAGUACCCCCCGUCACCAGCAGCACAGUGUCAACAGAUGCUGCUUCCCCCGCAGCAGGAACAGAAGCCAGUAUGGCAGUGGGGUCAGCCAGCGACCAGCACACCAUUGUCACGAUGGAAACCUUAUCUGCAGAAAGCCUCGCGCGAUUAGCCAGCAGCGGCAUCAGCAUGAUGCAGGUGGACAUUCACCAGAUCAACGGCAACAGCUACUAAAAAUGGAAAACAAUGUCUUGGUGGAUGUUUUUAUUUAGACAUUUGAGGUGAAAAAGGGCGCAUUAACCAGAGAACCUGUUAGGGCUCUCACGUGCAUCAUAACACACUAACAUUUUGUAGAGCGGUGGCAGAAAUUAGACUUUCAUCUUAAGUUUGGAUACCUGUGGCAUUUAAGGCUCAAUAGUGAAUGAAUGGGGCUAAGAAUCUCAAGUUAGAAAAAUCACUGUAAAUCCUGUUUCCUCUGAAUGGAAAUGGCAUUACACUAACAUUCAUCUCACAGAUCCGGUCUUGGUUACCCAUUGGUGGGAUAGCAAUAAAAGAUGCAGGUCAACACACUUCAUGAUGAAUUUGUAGCCAAUAAUAUUUGCAAUACAAGCUACAUCAGUGGAGAGAUGACACUAAGUCUGGCUCUUGCUACAUUUUUCCUCUUAGCUGUGGGGUUUGCCACUUGUUCACCUCAGGAGUUUCUGACCACCAGACUGGAUUGCAGACAGGUUCUUCAGGCUAACUGUCCCAAAUCAUCUCAAAAGGAAAUAUUUCUUCAUUAAAUGAAAAUAUUUAGCAAACAAGAUGAAAUUUUCUGUGGCUACUGUGGCUGGAUAUACUGCCAGAGUAGUGAUUUUAGUAUCCUGGGGUGGACGUGAAUACAGAGUCGAACUGUAGCAGAUUGAGGCCAGAAGCAUUGAUCUGAGAGUAUAUAGGUGUCCGGGCACAGAAGUCCCAAGAAUGACUCUCAAUCCUUUUGUAAGUACACACAUUCAAGCCAUUGCUUUAAUCUCUUUAUUAAAUCAAAAUAUUUUGUUUUUUGUGUAUAAAUAUUUGGGGACUGCUUCAUAAGGGUUUAGUGCAGGCAUGAUUAUAUGUAUGAUCGUGGGAGAUUGACUUGUUUGUCUUUUCAUGCACAAUCUUAAUCUUAUUUUUAUAUGUGUAGAUUAAAUUUGUGAACUUCAGUUUGUCAUGUAUUAUACAUUCAAGGUCUUCCUUUUUUCCCUCUGUAGUACACUUAAAUUAGACUUCGCCUUGCAGUUG